GAGUGGAGGGUAGCCGUCAAAAACCCAGUCUCGGGCUGAGAGGCAGCCGCAGCCGCGGAGGUCCUGCCGGCUGGCCCCAGGAUGGACUCGCGGGUGUCCGAGCUGUUUGGGGGUUGCUGCCGGCCCGUGGGGGGCGGCGGCAACGGGGGUGCCCUGCGAGGCCGCGGCGGCGGCAGCGGCGGUUCUUCCAAGGGGAGGAAGAAGAACGGGAGAUACCGAGGUGGCAAGGCCAACAACCCGCCCUACCUUCCUCCGGAGGCAGAAGAUGGGAACAUAGAAUACAAGCUGAAAUUAGUUAACCCAUCUCAGUACCGCUUUGAACACCUAGUAACGCAAAUGAAGUGGCGACUACAAGAAGGCCGUGGUGAGGCUGUGUACCAGAUUGGUGUAGAGGACAACGGGCUGCUUGUUGGACUGUCUGAAGAAGAAAUGCACGCCUCUCUUAAAACGCUACGGCGGAUGGCCGAGAAAGUGGGAGCUGACAUCACUGUGCUUCGAGAAAGAGAAGUGGAUUAUGACAGUGACAUUCCCAGGAAGAUAACAGAGGUUCUUGUCCGAAAGGUCCCAGAUAACCAACAGUUUUUAGAUCUGCGGGUGGCUGUGCUUGGAAAUGUGGAUUCAGGCAAAUCAACCUUAUUAGGCGUCUUGACACAAGGAGAACUAGAUAAUGGGCGAGGCCGGGCGCGACUCAACCUCUUCCGGCACUUGCAUGAGAUCCAGUCAGGAAGAACAUCUAGCAUUAGCUUCGAAAUUCUUGGUUUCAACAGUAAGGGAGAGGUAGUAAACUAUAGUGAUUCACGGACAGCUGAAGAAAUCUGUGAAAGCUCUUCCAAAAUGAUUACCUUCAUUGAUUUAGCUGGCCAUCACAAAUAUUUAAAAACCACCAUUUUUGGGCUUACAAGCUAUUGUCCAGAUUUUGCAAUGCUGGUGGUGAGUGCCAAUACCGGAAUUGCUGGUACGACACGAGAGCAUCUCGGCUUGGCGAUGGCCCUUAAGGUGCCUUUCUUCAUCGUCAUUAGCAAAGUGGACUUGUGCUCAAAGGCCACUGUGGAGCGAACAGUGAAACAGCUGGAGCGAAUUCUGAAGCAGCCUGGCUGCAACAAACUUCCCUUGCUAGUAACAUCUGAUGAUGAUGCAGUUACAGCAGCGCAACAGUUUGCACAAUCCCCCAAUAUCACUCCCAUCUUCACCUUGUCCAGUGUUUCUGGAGAGAACCUGGAUCUCCUGAGAGUAUUUCUCAAUAUCCUUCCUCCUCUGACAAACAGCAAAGAACAGGAAGAGCUGAUGCAACAGCUCACUGAAUUCCAGGUGGAUGAAAUUUACACUGUGCCAGAUGUAGGCACAGUUGUUGGAGGAACACUAUCAAGUGGGAUAUGCAAAGAGGGAGAGAAUUUGGUUGUUGGUCCAACAGAUGAUGGCAAGUUCCUUCAACUGAAAGUAUGCAGCAUCCAACGAAAUCGUUCAGCGUGUCGUGUCCUUCGAGCUGGGCAGGCUGCCACCCUAGCUCUUGGCCUCUUUGAUCGCUCACUGCUACGCAAAGGCAUGGUGAUGGUCAGCCCAGAGAUGAAUCCAACUAUUUGUUCAGUAUUUGAAGCUGAAAUUGUUCUACUGUUCCAUGCCACAACUUUCCGGAAAGGAUUCCAAGUAACAGCACAUGUUGGAAAUGUACGGCAAACAGCAGUUGUGGAAAAGAUCCAUGGGAAGGACAAAUUGCGAACAGGAGAAAAGGCAGUGGUUCGUUUCAGAUUCAUUAAACAUCCUGAAUAUUUGAAGAUAGGAGCCAAACUAUUGUUUCGUGAAGGAGUUACCAAAGGUAUUGGACAUGUCACAUCCAUCCAGGCUAUCACCACUGGAGAAAGUGGCCUGGAACACAAUCUGUGUCCUGAUCUGGUCAGCUUCUGACUCACACCAGCAUUUCUCAGUGCUCCAAAUAAGGGAAAGAUCUCGUGCCAUUGUGCAGAGCCGUUGUUGGCCAAUCACUUUACAUAGGCACAUCUUGUCUGCACUGCAGAAGCCAGAGUUACCUGUUGGACUGAGUGCCCUUCCUGGAGCAAGUUAAGCUUGUUGUUUGUGCAUCACCUGCUACUUCCAUAUUCCUGCUUUUCCUGGAAUAGACAAGCAAACAGCUGCAUCUUUGACUAGGUUGGAACUCCUACUUUUGUUGACCAUUAUGGGGAAGUUAUUUCCUGAGAGGGGCAUAUCCAUAUUGAGUUGGACUGUAAUUUUGGGAUGCUGCCUGGGAGACAACAGUGGUGGACUCGUUUGUGUUCAGAAGGGUAUUAGUGUUGUCCUCGUGCCUGGUUUUGCAGGCUUUCUAUGGCAGAUGAAUUAUUAUUAUUAGGAACUAGAGCUUAACGUUCUGUACUCCCCACAGUACAGCUCAGGAUGUUUCUAAUCAUUUUAAAUUAUUGUUGGUUUCACAUUAAGUCAGUAAUGAAGAGUCUCUCUUCUCCCCUCCACCUUUGUGUGCAAAUCCUGAUCAGCUUAAAAAAGGGAGGGGGGAAUACGGUAGGAAGUAAUCCCUCUAAUGCAGGGGUAGGUAACAAUUUCAUGACCGGGGCCAUGAAGUCUUGUGUUUUGUUUUAAAUGGCACUCCAACAGCUGCAGAAUCCAUAGCUGGUAAUGCAGUGACAUUGCCAGAAUAGAUGGGUCGAAAUGUUCUGCCUAAACUGGAGAAGAGGAUGGAGGCCUUUAUGUAAAUGGAUACAUAUAAUUUUCUCUGAGGCCUUAUGCAGCUACACUUAUCAUUAUUAUUU